UGGAGACCGCGGAAACGUUCGGGAGCAGCAGGGAUGGAGAAGUAUGAGAAAAUCAAAGUUGUCGGAAGAGGAGCUUUCGGGAUCGUCCACCUGUGCCGCAGGCGCAGUGACGGGGCCUUUGUCAUCCUGAAGGAGAUCCCAGUAGAGCAGAUGUCGAGAGACGAGCGCCUGGCAGCUCAGAACGAGUGUCAGGUCCUGAAAUUGCUCAACCAUCCAAAUAUUAUAGAGUACUAUGAGAACUUCCUGGAAGACAAGGCACUCAUGAUAGCCAUGGAGUAUGCUCCAGGUGGGACAUUGGCUGAUUACAUACAGAAACGCUGUAACUCCCUGCUGGAUGAGGACACCAUUCUCCACUUCUUCGUUCAAAUCUUACUUGCACUCUAUCACGUCCACAACAAACUUAUUCUACACAGAGAUCUGAAGACGCAGAAUAUUCUCCUCGACAAGCACCAGAUGAUCGUCAAAAUUGGUGAUUUUGGCAUCUCCAAAAUCCUUGUCAGCAAGAGCAAAGCUUACACGGUGGUUGGGACUCCAUGCUACAUCUCCCCAGAGCUGUGUGAAGGAAAGCCGUACAACCAGAAGAGCGACAUCUGGGCUUUGGGCUGUGUGCUAUAUGAGCUGGCAAGCCUGAAGAGGGCCUUCGAGGCUGCUAAUCUGCCAGCCCUCGUUCUGAAGAUAAUGAGUGGAACAUUUGCUCCCAUUUCAGACCGAUACAGCCCUGAACUGCGACAGCUCAUCCUCAAUAUGCUCAAUCUGGAUCCAUCCAAAAGGCCUCAACUCAAUGAAAUAAUGGCUCUGCCCAUAUGCAUCAGGCCUCUGCUUAACCUUUACACGGAUAUUGGCAAUGUCAAAAUGCGCAGGAUUGAGAAACCACUGUCUACUGUGCAGACUGGUCCUCAAGGCAGACCAGGAGGGAGAGUUCCCACCAGCAGGUCCAGAGCAGAUGGAUUGGUGAGUUUAGGAUCAGGAAAGGUGCAUUCCCUCCCGCUGUCCUCAGUAUACACGUGGGGAAGUGGAAUCUCAUCACCUCUUCGUCUGCCGAUGCUCAACACUGAGGUGCUUCAAGUGUCUCUGGGCCGCACUCAGAGGAUGGGGGUGACCAAGUCAGGACGUUUGAUUACAUGGGAGGCUCCAUCGGUGGGUUCUGGUGAGGCCAGUCUGCCCGGUGUGGUUGAGCAGAUGCAGCCUCAGUUCAUUUCACGUUUCCUGGAGGGUCAGUCUGGAGUCACCAUCAAGUCCGUGUCAUGCGGUGAUCUCUUCACUACCUGCAUGACAGACAGGGGCAUCAUCAUGACGUUUGGAAGUGGGAGCAACGGCUGUCUAGGUCAUGGCAACUUCAACGAUGUUACUCAGCCAAAGAUCGUAGAAGCCCUCCUCGGCUAUGAGCUGGUUCAGGUAUCAUGUGGUGCUUCCCACGUCCUCGCAGUGACCAAUGAAAGAGAAGUAUUUGCCUGGGGAAGAGGAGACAAUGGUCGCCUCGGGCUCAGCACUCAAGACACCCAUAACUCUCCUCAGCAGGUGUGUUUACCUGUGGAAUUUGAGGCCCAGAAGGUUGUGUGUGGAGUUGACUGCUCCAUGAUUAUCAGCACUCAGCACAGCAUCAUGGCAUGUGGAAGCAACAGAUUCAACAAGCUCGGGCUGGAUAAAAUAACAUCUGGGGAGGAACCUCAUCCCUCAAAUCAUGUGGAGGAAGUCCACUCUUUCACUCCAGUCCAAUCAGCUUCACUCAACAAUGAGAAGAUUGUUUACAUUGACAUUGGAACAGCACAUUCCGUUGCUGUUACAGAGCACGGUCAGUGUUUCACUUUUGGCAGCAACCAACAUGGUCAGAUUGGCUGCAGCUCCCGUCGCAGCAGCCGGGUGCCUUACCUGGUACCUGGGCUGCAGGGCAUCACUAUGGCUGCCUGUGGAGAUGCUUUCACAUUAGCUAUUGGAUCUGAUGGGGAGGUGUACACCUGGGGAAAGGGGGCCCGCGGACGCCUAGGAAGAAAAGAGGAGGACUCUGGGAUACCGAAGGCGGUACAGCUCGACGAGAGCCACCCAUUCAUGGUGACAUCAGUGGCUUGUUGUCAUGGCAACACGUUGCUGGCAGUGAAACCUCUGCUUGAGGAGCCUGUACCGAGAUGAUUUGACCCUCUCUGCAUUCACCAUGAAGUCUGGCGGUGGCGUGAGGAGAAGGACCGCUUCCUCUGAGUAACUCCUGCCAAAGUCCCAUCUGUGCUGCACUUCAAAGAUUCCCUUUCACACUGCAGCUGCGACCUCACAUUUUCGCUCUCUCUUCCCCUCUAGCUUUUUUCCCCUCCUCCUUCAGGAUGAAUGUUUUUUUCAUUGAAUGGUUUGAUAUCAGAAGCACAGUAGAUAUAAAGGCAUGCUGCAGCAGGUGUAUCUCACAACAGGUGAGCUGGAGGACAGUUACCACUGAAGCAGGGUUACUGGAAGUCGUCGUUAUGCAGCUUUUAUAUGGUCAGCCAUUGUCUUCUGCCACGUGCAGGCUUAGCAUGAUAAAGGCCAGAAAAAGUCAAACUGGUUUGAGCUCUGCUAAUCCGCUGAUGAAUGAGAUGAUACAAAGCACAGAGAGGAAAUGAAUGGAAUCCACUUGAGAGUCUAGUAAGACAUCAGUCAAGUGAAGCAAACACGUUAAUCUUGAUCACAUCGUCAUUGGUCACAUUGUGCUUUUAUUGGAUUAAUCCUUGAAUGUUUGCAACUCAGCAGCAGAGUUCAGAACAGAUUACAGCCUGUUGUUUGGAGCUCAACUGAAGGUUUUUUUUAAAGACUUACUGACUCUUACUGUGUCCAGAAUCACUCCCUGGUUCACUCAUUCACUGAUCCCUUCAUUUGUUGAAGAAGCAGUUUAACCUAAUAAACAGCUGUAAAUCAAGAUGCAGGUUACAUGAAUCAUCUACUCUGGCAUUUAUUAAGUGUGACAAAUUGUAUUCUAGGAAUGUUAGGAGAAAGUGUUUGCAGACAGGGUGUAGGCUCCUUCUCUUUGUUGUGGUGAAUAUUCUGCACAGCAAGUUAUUUUUCAAGAUGCAUCAGUUUUUCACUUAUAUUUGAGAUUUAGUGUUAUUGGGGUUGACAAAUGAAUGUGAGAGGUAAAUUAUAGAGAGAGUCCACCUGCUGAAGUCUGACCUGUGGUACUAAACUGGCACACCAUCGUUUUGAUUAAUCUGUAGGAACUCAUCACUGCACCAUCGAUGGUCAAGAUUAAGCAUCGAUUGGGUUAGAAGAUUCAGUAAUUGCAGUUUUCUGGAGGAUUCUGUAUUUAACUCCCUAAAAUGUGUAUACAGUGAUUUUCAAUAUAAAGUGCCUUUAAUUAUGUAUAGUGUAAACUUUAUUUAUAUGAUGUAUGGUUGGAGAAGAUCUUUCAUUUCUUACUAAAAGUACAACUCUUCAAACAAACUCUGUUACUAUUCAGAGUCCAGCUUCACAAAGUUUUUACAUUCAAUAGAGCAGUGGUUCUCAGCGUGGGGGUCUGGAGCCUCCAGGGCUGUGAGACACAGAGGGGGUCGCCAGAUGCCUUCCAAAAAACAGAAUAUUUUUAAAUGAUUUCAUGUUGUGUAUUUUACCCAUUUUAUGAAAAUAUAGAAUAUGAAAUUCGUAAAGUGUAAAAUGAAAACUAUUUAAUUAAAUGUAUGCUGAAAUCAACGUAAUGUUUCAAAAAUUCUUUAAAUAUGUAAUUAUGCCCUUGGGUAUUCUUGAAUGCACAUGGCUGUGUUCUACUAUGCUUCAGCUGCUUUCAGGUGCAGAGGGGGUGAAGUUACUUCAUGCUGCUAGCAUUUUGGGCUGCUCACGGCAUUUUGAAAAGAUCCUGUACAGUCCUGCCUGUUUUAUUUGGCUGAAUGUGAUCGGCAGGGUUGGUUUGUUUGUUAGUUUGUUAGCAACAUAACUCAAAAAGUUAUGAACAGAUUUUGAUGAAAUUUUCAGGAAAUGUCAGAAAUGGCAUAAGGAAGAAGUGAUUAGAUUUUGGGAGUGAUCUGGAUCACUGUCUGGAUCCAGGAAUCCAGGAGGUCUGUGCCCUCCAAGUGCUUUUCUAGUUUAUAAUGAUACUGUCAUAUUAUAUUAUUCCUUAUACGUGAUGUUCUUAUGGUCUAACUUUGCUAAAUGAUGUGUUCAUAGAUCAGUUUUACUCCUGAAUGUAAUGGAAUACAAAAUUUAGUACCGUAUCACACUUUUUUGCCAUUUCAUAACGAAUUUCUUGUUUUUUGUUUAUAUAUUCCUCAAAUGUUGUCUUUCAUCCUCUGUUGUCGAAGCUGCAAGAUAAAACAAUCUUGUGACACAUUUUUUGUAUGUGCAUGUCCAAUGAACUGCCUGGGACCUCAAGAUAUAGUAAUUAUAGGUGUACAUCAAAUAUAAAUUACACCUCUAGAUUACCUUCAAUAAUGAAGAAGUGUAUUUUUGAAGUAAAUAAGGGGCCAGAAGGGCUACAACAGCAUCAAAAUACAAUUUGAUUAUCCAAAAAAGCAUCUUGCAGCAGCACAGUGUUAAUUUUGCAGCUGUUAAAUGUAACUUCAGUCUAUAGAUUAAGAUGCUCUUUAGUUUUAGUCACACUCUUGAAACUUUUUGUCUUGAGUCAAUCAACAAAAACCUUUUAGCACAAGAAAAGUCCUUACAUUUAAGUAAUUACAUUUAGCAAUCAAUGCAAAAGAAGUUGGAAAAAUUUUAAUGUAUAUAAUUUUUUCAUUUGUAUUUAAAUUCUGCCAUUUGGUCACAAACACCCUGAAUGUGGCAAUCUAUUUUACACAAGCUGAGGAGUGAUAUAUGGUGGGAUAUAUAAUGUAGGUACAAUGAAGCUGCUAAUGUGAAACACAAAACAUUUAUCAUGACUAGUACCUUCAAAAUAAAGCAAGCAACAAGUCAGCAACUAGAAAUGAAUAACCUGUAUCUAGUUAACAAAUAUAUCAAUCUCACAUUAAUCUGUCAUUUGACAAAGGUGAUGUCAUCUGCUGUCAUUAACAUGUAUUAUAUUUUCUAUCAUAACCUAGAUUAAUAUGGAUUUAUCUCUGAUUUUUAAGUGACUACCUGUUAUUUAGGAUGAGUUCACACCUUGUCUGGGGGCUUGGAUCGUUUAUGAUUGUUGUCCUCUAUGAUGAUGUAAUGAUGAUGUAAUCCUGUGGCAACAGGCAGGUGAAAAAUGAUCUGUGCGUGGAUGAGUGUCUAUAUUUGAACGUGUUGUUUUUUUAAGUGUCAUAACACCACACAUGGAUUUUUUUUAACCAAGAAUGAGAAAAUAUAAGUCAGGUGUUAGUUUUUAACGUGUUAAAGACAUUUAAAUGCAUUAAUGAAGAAUAUAUCACAUUUCUUCAUUUUGAGUAUGUGUGUGUGCUUCACCACCAGGGGGCGCCUGUCACCUCUGACUGAGCUGUAUUCUUCAUUAGUAGGACAUUAUAUGAUUUAAACCUUCACAUUAACCCACUUCUACUGCUCAGCUUUAAUGAAAAUGAGUAUUAAUGUGUAAUAAAUUUUAAUCAUGAU